CUUUCUCUUCUGAUUUCUCAUAGUUUUAGAAAUCUAUACAUUUGUUUAUAGGGUCGCUAAUAAAACAUGGAGAUUGUGGAACAAGAACCAGCAAUUCAACCAUCUGCUCCAAUUCAACAGUCAAGGCACUCCAACGGAUGGAUAUUGGCGACCUCAUCAGUGAUAUUAUGCUUUCUAUUGAUCAUCUUCCCUGAUUUAAAGAAAUUAUCACAUGGCCUCAACAAGAAACAUGUGUUAGAAAUGAUCAUCCCUCUUGUUGUACCUUUUCAGUUGGCAUUACCUAUCAUGAUGUCCCUACUCUCCUCUUACAAGAGUAUGUCCUUCGGCAUAUGGAUUGCAGUGGUACUAACAAGUGUAAUAACAUCUAUAGAAAUGAGUCUUGUUUCGUCAGACCCUGCUAUCUUUAUUUCAAUCGGUUGGAAGUUAUUUGCUUUCUUCCCUCUACUACUUUACAUGCCACUGAUCAGUUGUGAAGAUGCAGUAUUUUCAAAACUAAUCCAGGGAAUGGUAUUAAUUUAUUGGAUCUUAUUCUUAGUUUGUUUGUUAAUGGCAUAAUGUACAAUAGGCAUUAGUUGUUUCAUUUUCUU